AUGGAUCAAAAUUACACAGGAUUCUCUGAUUACCAAAAUGAUUCCCAAUUUGAUGAAACAAUCGUGUUCCCAUAUUCAGAUCAAUACACAAAUAUGGAGCACGGACUUGAAUUCAAUAUCCCUUCGCCCGAUCUUAGCUUCCUGAAUCUUCCUUUUGACCCCCCUGAUCCAGUUCCUGAUAAUUUUGAUCUAUCCCUUAAUUUGAGUCCGGAAGGAGAGUCAUUUGUCCCUUCAAUGAACUUGAACCCGGAUGGAGGGGCACUUGAUCCCUCAUCGGCUUGGAGUCCCGAGGCAGAAGCCUCCUCUCCUUCCGAGGAUAGUGAUUCCUCUGACCCGCUUCUCAAGUACAUAAGCCAGAUGCUUAUGGAAGAGAACAUGGAAGAUAAGCCACAUAUGUUUCAUGAUCACUUCGCUCUAAGCGCCACCGAGAAGUCAUUGUAUGAUGCACUCGGUGGGCAGCAUCUUCCCUCACACAAUUCGCCGCUGUCUUAUGUCAACCAUGAGAGCCCUGACAGUAAUAUUUCGGGAAGUGGCAGUAAUUGUGGUGAUAAUACCAGUAAUAGCACUAGCACAAGCACUACCAGUGGUACUACUGAUUCUGCUAAAGAACCUCAGUGGCUUGGUGGUGACGUCGACGUUGGAGGGUUGAAUCCAUAUUUCUUAAGUACCUCUCUUCCUGGUGAUAACCAUCUCCAGUCCAAUUUGCAGCCCAAUCUGCAAUUUUCAGUGAAUCCAUCGAAUGGUUUCACCAAUAUGGGUGACAGCCUUAUGGGUUCUUCUGCUGGUGAGAUGGUGCAGAAUAUGUUUAGUGAUAUGGAAUCUGUGUUGCAGUUCAACAGAGGGGUAGAGGAAGCUAGUAAGUUCCUUCCUAGUGCCAGUCAACUGGUAAUUGAUUUGGAGACAAAUGCAUCUUCCACAUGGCAAAAGGAAGAGGCUCCUAGAGUGAUGGUGAAGGAGGAGAAAUCCGAGAGGGAUAGCUCGCCUGAUGGUUCGAGGGGUAGGAAGAAUCACGAGCGAGAGGAUUCAGAUUUAGAAGAAGGAAGGUCUAAUAAGCAGUCUGCAGUGUAUGUGGAAGAGAGCGAACUAUCGGAGAUGUUUGAUAAGGUAUUGCUUUGGACUGGGGGUAAAUGCUGUGGCGAUGACGCUGACAGGGAUGUAGCAUGCAAGAGCUCGCAGCCAGAUAAACAAUCAAAUGGAUCCAGCGGUGGGAAAACCCGUGCUAAAAGACAGAACAAAAAGAAGGAAACAGUGGAUCUGAGGACUCUCCUGAUCCUUUGUGCACAAGCUGUCUCUGCCAAUGACUUCAGGACUGCUAAUGAGCUACUGAAACAGAUUAGGCAGCACUCUUCUCCUAUUGGCGAUGGGACUCAGAGAUUGGCUCAUUUCUUCGCCAAUGGUCUUGAGGCACGCUUGGCUGGUAGUGGCAAUGGAGCCCCAAAUUUUUUCUCUUCCAUUACAUCAAAGAGGACAACAGCUGCUGAUAUGUUGAAAGCUUACAAAACUCAGCUUCAAGCCUGUCCCUUCAAGAAACUUUCAAUUUUCUUUGCAAUCAAAACGAUUUUGCAUGCUGCUGAGAAAACAACUACUCUCCAUAUUGUAGAUUUUGGUGUCCUCUAUGGCUUUCAGUGGCCAUUUCUUAUCCAGCAACUCUCUCUGCUACCUAAUGGCCCCCCAAAGCUACGCCUUACAGGAAUAGAGCUGCCCCAACAUGGUUUCCGGCCAUCAGAAAGAAUUGAGGAGACAGGACGUCGCUUGGCCAAGUAUUGUGAGCGUUUUAAGGUCCCAUUUGAAUACAAUCCUAUCAUUGCACAAAACUGGGAAAAAAUCCCAAUUGCGGACCUCAAGAUAAAUAGAAAUGAGGUGCUUGCUGUGAAUUGUAUAUGUCGGUUCAAGAAUCUAUUCGAUGAGACAGUUGAAGUGGACUGCCCAAAGAAUGCCAUUCUUAACUUAAUUCGGAAGAUGAAUCCUGAUAUUUUUGUUCAUACUAUUAUCAGUGGAUCAUACAAUGCUCCCUUCUUCCUCACACGGUUCCGGGAGGCACUAUUCCACUUCUCUUCAUUAUUUGACAUGUUUGAUUCUACUUUACCUCGGGAAGAUCAAGAGAGGAUGAUGUUCGAGAGAGAAUUCUAUGGGCAGGAUGCAAUGAAUGUUGUAGCAUGUGAGGGUCAGGAAAGGGUCGAGAGGCCUGAGACAUACAAGCAAUGGCAUGCCCGGACCGUGAGCGCAGGAUUCAAGCCUCUCCCAUUGAACCAGGAGCUCAUGACAAAGUUUAGGGGUAAGUUGAAGACCUGGUAUCACAAGGAUUUUGUAAUUGAUGAAGACAACUGCUGGAUGCUGCAGGGAUGGAAGGGUCGAAUUAUUUAUGCUUCCUCCUGUUGGGUGCCUACAUAG